UUUUUAUUAUUAAUACUGUGCGACAUAGAGUAGUAUGUACAUAAACAAUAAAAGAACAAAGAGAUAAAUACGCGCGAGAGCAAAUUAUUUCUCAUCUGUAAAAUUAUUCUAAACUAAACUAAAGUAAACAACAAAUCACUGUUUUGUUUGCAUGGCGAGAGAGAAAGGUCGGAAACGUCAGAGAGAGGAGAGAUUUCAACGUAAAUGUUAUCUUAGCCAACAAUUGUUGCUGUGCUAUUCAUUGGUUCUAAGUAAAUUUUAGCUUUAUCAUCGUAUGUUAUGUUACAUUACCGCAUGAAAUAUAUGCAGGAUGGAUGGAGAAAACCGUAUAAUACUAAACGUCGGUGGCAUAAGAUAUGAAACCUAUAAAGCAACACUUAAAAAGAUACCUGCAACUAGAUUGUCACGUCUCACCGAAGCACUGGCCAAUUAUGAUCCAGUUCUUAAUGAAUAUUUUUUUGAUCGACAUCCCGGUGUCUUCACGCAAAUACUUAAUUAUUAUAGAACUGGAAAAUUACAUUAUCCUACCGAUGUUUGUGGUCCUCUGUUUGAGGAAGAGCUCGAGUUUUGGGGUUUGGAUUCAAAUCAAGUAGAACCAUGCUGUUGGUCUACCUAUAGCAUACACCGUGACACACAGAAUACAUUAGCGAUUCUGGAUAAGUUGGAUAUUGAGAAUGAGAAGCCGUCGGAAGAGCAAGUAGCCCGCUUAUUUGGUUUCGAAGAUUCAUUGCACAAAGGUCAACUAAACUGUUGGCAACGUAUAAAGCCAAAAAUUUGGGCUCUAUUCGAUGAACCGUCCAGUUCAACAGGAGCCAAAAUUGUAGCCAGUAUGUCUGUGUUCUUCAUUUUUAUUUCUGUGAUAUCAUUCUGCCUGAAAACCCAUCCGGGUUUUCGAGUAGAUUUUCCCAGCUCACCCGCCUUCAUCGUUAGUACCACCGUCGCUACCGAAACGAAUACACCGCUAACCACCUCUGAGGUUGCAUCCAUUCCUAACCAAAGUCACCAUUUGCCGGCCAAUUUAAAUAUUUCCACUUACCGUGCGCUCGUGAAGGCAUAUCACAAUGAGACCAUUUUGCCUUCUGCAUUCAAACCCAUCAAUGUUACACGGACGGCGUCCGAAAAUGUUAACUCUAGCCUUGCAAAACCGAUUGCUGCACUCUCUUUGGAGAAAUUUUUGAAAUUAGAAAGAAUUAAACGCUCUCCCAGCGUAGUUAACGAAAUUCAGAAUUACAAUGUAACCGAGGCACCCUCUCAUGGUUGGUUGGAUUCUAUUGGUCAACCACAUCAGGCAUUUUUUUACGUAGAGCUGGUGUGCAACGUAUGGUUCUUCUUCGAGGUUAUUGUACGGUUUAUCGUUUCACCAAAUAUCUGGCAAUUUGUUAAAUCGCCUGUAAAUAUCAUAGAUUUUGUCGCUACGCUCAGCUUCUAUACGGAUGUAAUGCAACGCAUGGGCGAACAUACAGGGCUACUGGAAGCUUUUUCGAUCGUACGAAUUAUGCGUUUAUUUAAGCUAACUCGCCAUUCUCCCGGCUUACGUAUACUAAUCCAUACUUUCAAAGCAUCCGCCAAAGAAUUGACGUUGCUUGUGUUUUUCUUAGUUCUUGGAAUUGUUUUCUUUGCCAGUCUAGCUUACUAUGCCGAGAAGCUACAGGACAAUCCCGAGAAUCAAUUCAAGAGUAUACCAUUGGGGUUGUGGUGGGCUAUUGUGACAAUGACUACCGUUGGCUAUGGUGACGUGGCCCCUAAAACGUAUCCUGGCAUGUUUGUGGGAGCCCUUUGUGCUUUGGCCGGUGUACUGACAAUCGCUUUACCCGUACCUGUUAUUGUAAGCAAUUUUUCGAUGUUCUAUUCACACACACAGGCCCGCUCAAAACUACCAAAACAACGUCGCCGUGUCUUACCAGUAGAGCAGCCGAGACGUAAGCGUGAACAAUUGCCACAGCCAAGAGGUCGAACUAAUGCUGUAAAGCAGACCUCACUUGGUGUAAAUGUUCUCGCCCCUGGGCCGACGCAGCCACCGACGUUAUUGAAAGAAGCUUUUACUCCGGCAAAAAUCGAAAGUCAUACAGAGAGCAUGAAUGGCGUAAAUGUUGUUGGUGUUAGUGUAGAAAGGCCGCAACUAAUAUUGCCCGCCAUUGUAAAGAAUCAUCAUACAAGAUCUUGCGAAACAACGAUAUCAAUACAAACAUCUCCUAUGAUGGGUUUUAAAGUGGAUCCAAUUAUCGUAAGCACCGAUUACUUGACAGUACCAGCUAUACAUAACCUAGAGCCACGUGCCGCUACUACAGGUCAUGAUUGUAUGCUUCCUCUACAACCGCAACUUCUUGUUCCGCUUGAAAAUAAAAAUCAACAAACCAUUGCGGAGCGAAAAGAUGGUACAACAUCAACUAUAAGAUUAUAUGACUAUAAGAAAUCGCCACAGCCUACUAGACCUUUGCAUUUAGGGCAUCAUCAUCGCUCUAACAUAAGAUCAAUGUUGAAUGUGCCACCCACAUUGAGUGUAGCAAACACGCAAAUGCCAGGACAUCUCGACAACUACUCAAGCAAUGAAGAUAAAUUGCAAGAAAAUGAACAAAUAUUCAAGAUUCAUGGCAACAAUAGUGAUAUGGCCUCUAACGGUUUGACUGAAAACAACUCUAAUUUACAACAACCGCAAACACUGCCUCACCAACAUCACCACCUACAGCAACAGCAAAUUAUAAAUCAGCUAUGCUUUCACUAUCCUCUACAACCCAAGGUAACAUUAUUAGACGAUGGCGUUGAUACCUGUGAAGAUUGCGAUGAAUACGAGGAGACAGCGUCGACCAGUCACUGUGAUGAGUUAAAUAUUUGUAGUGACGGUGAGGUGAACCGCAAUAAUGUCACCACAACCAUCACCAUUACGACCACGACUACUGCUACUGCUACUACUACUACUACCAUUACUACUACUACUACUACCAACAGCUCAGCUUUUAUAUUAACCAGCAACGGUGAUAGAAAUUGCGGCAACCGUUUAUAUUCAUGUAAAAUGGAUCUGAAAUAAUGAAUUGGUACAA